AUGACGCCGAGUGUACUCCAAUUUUUUAGUAGUUGCGUAUAAAUGAGUAAUAAUUAAAUAUAAAAGUAAUUAAUGUUAAAUUGAUGUUUCUAUAAAUCAAUUAUACUGUAUAUACUUACAACUCAUCUCAUAGAAUACAUUGAAUAUUAUAUUUAUUUAUGAUCAAUUAUAUUUAUCACAUGUUUUAUAUUAUAACCUCUUCAUUCAUCUUCGGCCUCCCAAAUUAUGGCCGGUACUUAUAAAAAUUAUUUAAAAUUAUUAGAACAGUGGCCUUUGGAUAAAAAUAAGCCUGCAAGGGAUUUAGGACAGUAUAUUCGAAAUAAAAUAAAAUUGGCAUUUGCAACAGGAAGAUUGGAUAGUUCUAUUGAAAAAGACAAGUGUAAUCGUCAUUAUGAAAGUCUUCAACGUAUUGUAACAAAUUAUUAUUACCGCCAAUAUCCUAGGAAGUUAAAUAGUACAGCAACUGGUUUUACUUCUGAUCAAUGUAACUUUGUUCUCUCACCAGAGGCACAAGCUUAUUUUGAAAAGGAAUCUAAGUCGAAGUUUGAACGUGUAAAAGAGCGAAUAAAAGGAAAACAUGAUGAGGAAUCUAAUCAGAAGUAAACAAUACUUUUAUUUAGUUAGACGAUGUUUAACUCAAC